CCACUUUGAAGGUCCAUUAGAUCUGAAGAAUUCGUCUAGGUGCGAGGCUGAGGAGGACAGUCUCUUGCACUGGACUUGAGGGCCCACACACCUACCAUGAGUCACACACGGUUGUCUCCUGGUUGUAUCUCUGUACCUUCCCCAUGGCUCUGUUCUCAAUGGUGUGUCUACCUGGAUCUGUGACCGCGCCAACUCAUCCUUCAGGGUGUAUCUGAAACAUCUGGCGGCCACUGACUUCAUCAGCCCUCAUCACCACACUGUCCCAAUCCGGGCCGCCAGCAUCCCCCCGGGAGCAGCUGUGAGCCUAAAAGCAUUUGCAUGUCUCUACUCCAACGUUGUCUUCUACUGCUGUUUGCGCAAAAGUACCUGUUUAAUGGGGCUCAUCAGCCUAGAUCGUUUUUUCAAAAUCGCCAGGCCAGUGUUAAGUUGCUCGGGCAGAGCUUAAGGGCUGAUUAUGGUCCCACAUUCACGCAGAACCAAAAAAGUGUGACGUGGGACCAUAAUCAGCCCUUUAGUGUUUGAGAACAACUCUGUACCACAGCUCAUCACAAAGAGGCUCAUCGAGUCGUUCAGAGAGUCUGGCAGCAGUAACACUGGAGGGAAGUAAAAAACCAAACUGAGAGUCUCUCUUGUCACCCUCGUGUUCUGAGUAUGUUUUAUGCCUUUGCCCAGAAUGCGUAUUACGUUCUCGCACUCCCGUAAGACACACAGUGCGUGCCUCAGUGGUACGCACUCUCGUCUGUGUGUAGGAAACAUUGGUUGAAGAUGGCACACAACAUCGAUGUCUGGCUUUCAAGCAACAACUUAUGUCUGGAUGCCUUCCUCUGUGUCUUUCUGUGCGAGGAGUUUAGAGCAAAAGUGGUAGUGAUGAUGCAGAGGGAAAGUACUUCCCAAAUCUCAGGUGGAAAUAGAAGAAAUUGCCUCGCAGUAGAUACAUUGAAUGUUUUUUUUUGUCAAAUAUAGGAAAACUGGUAAAUAUUGUAUUGGAUGCAUAAAAGUAGGCAUUGUCAUGAACAUUGAGCAUGAUAAUGCUCAAAGUAAAUGCUCAACAAUAUCAUGAGCGUUUGAUUGUUUCCCUUAAAUGUGGGUUUGUGGUGCCCCCUACAGAAAGCUUUUAGGAACAAGCUUUAUCAAAGAUAGUGAAAUAAUUAUCAAUUGUGUUUCAAUUGUAAACAAUCUUAUCCUAUUGUUUCCUACAUCUACCUCUAUGCACAAUAUGUAUGCAAAGCUGGAUGUCUGAACAGUGCUGACUUCAUAAUGUGUGUGAUUGUGCAUCAUGUGUGUACAGGUAAGCUAUGUAUGUUCGUUAUAAUCCAACUUCUACUUUUUGUAAAUUACAUGCAACAAAACUUGAUGCAUCUGUACAGAGACCGCAGUUUUUACCGCCAACAAAAGAAAACACUUCAUUGUUUUAACUGAGCGAGGCACGAAUAUGUUUCCCUAUCUUUGCAUUUUCCCGGAUGACCUGUGUUCCCGGUCACAGAUGAAAUACCACUUUGUUUAUUAGGAGAAAAAGGUGUUACCAAACUGCGACCUUCUAAAGAAUACAUGCAGUACCCCAUUCUCAAUACAUUUCAUGCAUUAUGCCAUUCCGAAAGCUGAGCUAAUCACGGUGAGUGUGAUGACAACAUCAUAAUUCCUACGAUCCAUGCAUUUAUAUAUUUAGUUCACAAAGCAAUAUUUUACAUUAGGAUUGCUCCACAAAAUUGCAUUAAUUAGACUGUACUUACUUUUUGCGAUCGAUUCAAUAAUAUCCCGAAGCUUUAACAACCCUGUGGUUUCUUCAUGCCUGCUACAACGUGUGCUGUGUCGUUUGCCUUUUCUUAAACUGCUCCUGACGUGUUUGAUCCAAGCUCCAUUAAAUUAGUAUUCAAUUGGUAGUCAACAAUAACAAUUUCUGUUACAUGACAUGUUUGUGUUUGUGACCCACUGAUCUUCUCUAGGUGCAACGAUGACAUCGAAUGUAACAUCUGCUACCAUGACGGACUGUCCCAGUGGGCCUGGAAUGCUUUUGCCCUUUUUAUAUUGUAUAAUUUUUCCUUUCGGUGUUGCGCUCAAUAGCAUAGCGGUAUGGAUCUCACUGCACGUCCGCUCCACCUCCACCUUCAUGGUGUACCUGGGGAACCUGGUGUUGUCUGACAUGGUUGUGACUCUGCUGAUCCCCUUCGAGGUCUUUCAGGAUCUCAACACUGUGUCGGCUGUGUUCCAUAUGUUUUCCUGUCGUUUCCUAAAGCCCAUGAAAUACACAUGCAUGUACGUGAGUAUCUCUGUGUUGGGCCUCAUCAGUGUAGACCGCUUCUUCAAGAUCGUCCAGCCCCGCGGUCAGAUGUUGUGCCAGAACCUCCUCUUUGGGAGAUGGGUCUCUGCCAUCGUCUGGGUGUUCAUGAUCACGACCACGGGGUUACCCAACAUGGUUUUAACCGACCGUUACCCCAACACAUCAUCCGCCGCGGGCAGCUGCAUGUUCUACAAAGGGGAACCGGGUAUCAGGGUCCAUGAAGUGAUCACUAUCUCUCUCAACCUGUUUUUCUGGCUGGUCUGUGUGCUGGUCGUUGUGUGCUACAUGUGCAUCGCCCAGACGGUCAUCCAGUCCUUCCGCAAGUCGGGAAGCAGCAACAGCCAGGCCAAGCAGACGACCAAGCUGCGCGUCUUCCUGGUCCUCUUGGUGUUCCUGGUGUGCUUCGGGCCAUACCACGUGGUCCGAGUCCCAUACACCUUCCAGCAGACCAAAUCGAACGGCUCCUGCAGUGACCCUUUGAGCCGCUACGCCAAGGAGCUGGGUCUGUUGUUCGCCACCGUCAACGUCUGCCUGGAUCCCAUCGUGUACUUCUUCCUGUGCAGAGAGUAUAACGAGAAGCUCACGGCCAUGAUUACAGACGCAGGGAAUGCGUGGAGGAGACCUCGAGCGUGGGGUAAAUCAUAAAGGCCAACCUGAGACCUGUGACCGGUUUGUUUUUGCUUCUUCGGUGAGCAGAAGGCAGAUAACUAGGCAUGUGUGGUUUGACUUUUGUGUUUUUUUGUUGAACUAUCUAGGUCUAACUUCCUUUGUGUCUCUUGGUACCCGUUUAUUAACUGGUAUGCAUGUGUAUUCUUUGUUAGUAGCGGCCACAACAGUCCUGAAGUGGUCGCUUGCUUCCUGUUCCACUGCAACACAAAACCAUAACAUAAAACAAUU